AUGGCGAGCACCGAGGCUAGAAGGGAGUGUGAGACCGAGGGCUGCAAUAAGGACGCCAAACUCCAGUGUCCUACCUGCAUCAAGCUCGGGAUUCAAGGAUCAUACUUCUGUUCCCAGGAAUGUUUCAAAGGCAGUUGGGUUUCUCACAAGUUGCUGCACAAAAAAGCAAAAGAAGAACAGAACCAGAAUGAAACCAAAAACUGUGUGGAAAAUGAAGCAAACACAGAUCCAUGGCCAGGCUAUCGAUACACUGGGAAACUACAUCCUUAUUACCCGCUGACGCCCAUGAGACCUGUGCCUGGAAACAUCCAAAAACCGGACUAUGCUGACCACCCCAGAGGGAUGUCCGAGUCGGAGCAGGCCCUUAAGGGGACGUCACAAAUCAAGAUUCUUUGUGCAGAGGACAUUGAAGCCAUGAGAGUAGUGUCCACGCUGGCCAGAGAGGUUUUAGAUAUUGCAGCGCUGAUGGUGAAGCCUGGUGUUACCACAGAAGAAAUCGAUCACACCGUCCAUCUGGCGUGUAUAGCAAGGAACUGCUACCCCUCCCCUCUUAAUUAUUACAACUUUCCAAAGUCCUGUUGCACAUCAGUCAAUGAAGUAAUCUGCCAUGGCAUCCCGGACAGAAGACCGCUCCAAGAAGGAGAUAUCCUCAAUGUGGACAUCACGGUGUACCACAACGGUUUCCAUGGUGACCUGAAUGAGACCUUCUACGUGGGCGAGGUGGACGAAGGGGCAAAGAGGCUGGUUCAGACCACCUAUGAAUGUCUAAUGCAAGCCAUCGACUCCGUAAAGCCUGGAAUCCGCUACAGAGAGCUGGGUAACAUCAUCCAGAAGCACGCUCAGGCCAACGGCUUCUCUGUGGUGCGCAGCUACUGUGGCCACGGCAUCCAUAGAUUGUUCCACACUGCUCCCAACGUGCCACACUACGCCAAAAACAAAGCAGUUGGAGUGAUGAAGCCGGGGCACGUGUUCACCAUCGAGCCUAUGAUCUGUGAAGGCGGCUGGCAAGACGAGACCUGGCCCGACGGCUGGACGGCGGUGACCCGGGACGGCAAGCGCUCGGCCCAGUUCGAGCACACCCUGCUGGUGACGGAGACGGGCUGCGAGAUCCUCACCCGGCGCAUGGAGGACAACGGCCGCGCCCACUUCCUCAACCAGAUGUAA